AUGCUCCUCAGGAUUACGUCCCGAUUGUCUGGCAGCAUUGCCAAAAUUUUCCGACAAUCUGGAGAUGGCGAGGGCUGGUCUGGAUUUUGUGCGGUAUGCAAGCGGCCGCUAAAUGUCAAGAUUGUGGACCAAAGCAGAGCACAGAGGGCAAUCGAGGUCGCACCGCAGCAUCGUGGGCGCCAUGCCUUCGUGAUUUGCUUGUGGGGUUCCUCCAAGGACUACGUCCUCGGUGCCUUGGUGCUCGGUUACUCCAUCAAGCGCACGAAAACCAAGAAUGCCUUGGUCUGCUUGCACGCGGACGACGUUCCGCCCCAGCAUGUCGCGUUGCUGCAAUUGUUUUGGGAGUGCCGUGUCGUGGAACACAUCAAGGUCAAUGCUGCCCGGCGGCUCAGCACGGAUGACCGCAUUGAGGAAUCGAGGUUCUUCAAGGUCUUCACAAAGCUGCGCGCCCUUGAGCAAACGGACUUCGAGAAGGUUCUCGUCAUGGACAUCGAUUUGCUGGUCUUGUCCAACAUCGACGAUUUGUUUGAGCUUCCCGCGCCGGCUGCGAUGAAGCGCGGAAUGAACAAGGGCUUCUGGCCGUACAAGCAUGGUGAUGACAUCGAUGGCAGUAUGUUUUUUGGUGGCCGUAAUCCAGGCAACGAGCACUCCUGGGGCCAAGGAACCGGCAUCAAUGCUGGUGUGAUGCUUCUGGAGCCGAACGCCGCCGAAUUCCAAAUCAUGCAGGAGGAGCUUCUAGAGCCCUACCACCCCGCGCAUGUCAGAGGAAACGGUCCCGAACAGGAUUACUUGAGCCGGUUUUGGGCAGACCGGCCUUGGCGUCACAUCUCAGUUGAGUACAACUACCAAGUACAUCAUCUGUAUAAUGCUCUCCAUCCAUUGCUCGGCGACGUGGAGCGCCUCAAGGUUGCUCAGAACUUCAAGACGAUUAGGGUUAUCCACUACUCUGGCGACUCUGAAGUGAAACCAUGGACGCGGUGUUUGGAGACUGAUCCGGAGAAGACCUUCGGCUGGCCCAGUCGUGAGCAAGACGAAGAGUACAUGACGGCUUUCUUGUCGGUGUAUCAUUCCUACCUCCUCUGGGUGAAGAAAGAUAGGGAGCGCUGGGACAGGAUGGAGAGGAACAUGUUCGAAGAGAGCGGCAUCAGAGGAUUUAGCUUGGGCGAAGAUGGCGUGAUCUACUACCAAGACGAUGAGGGCAGCGAGAAGAUUGCAAAGGAGACUUCGCCAGAGGCCAUCCGCACAGCUACCGAGGCGACGAGGUUCUUCCUCGCAUCCUGGUUCGACACACUGGAG